UUAUCAUGUCGUACAAUGUCGAUGUCAAUAUAAAUUCUUUUCUUUAAAAUGUGACAUAAUUUUGUAUAAUUACUUCAACUUCCUUAUUAAUAUGGAUGACGAUGAAGAAGAAAUUGAAGUUCCUAUAACUAACGACCUAGAGCAAAGAGUAGCAGAAGCAUUUGCAGUUUUUGACCCCUUCCAAACCAAAAUAAUUGAACUGAAAGAUGUACCUUCUAUAAUAAGAGGUUUGGGUUGUUGUCCAACUGAAGCAGAGCUUCAAGACAUCAUUUUAAGCUUAGAAACUCAAAAGUAUCCCGGCUCUGUUCAUUUGGUAAAUUUUUUGCCACUAGUAACGGAUUUGUUUACACAACAUAAAUUCCUUCCUCCAACUCCCGACAAACUUCUAGCAGCAUUUCGAAGGUUAGAUCCAAGAGGAAUAGGUUGUUUAACAAAAGAAGAGCUUACCAAUUUGAUGACUACAGAAGGAGAACCUUUUACCAAUGAUGAAUUGGAGGAAAUGAUGGAGAUAGCUUUUGAUCCAUUGAGUAAAACAAUCAAUUACGAGUAUUAUGUCAAUCAACUACUGUAUGAACCAGAAGGGGAGAAAAAUGUGUAUACUUUGGCGGAUCGCAUUGAAGCUGAAAAACCUCCUCCACCACCGCCUCGUAAGACAAUGUCUGAAUAUUUAAGAGAAGCUGCUCAACAAGCAGAAGAAUAAUCAUACUGUACAUUUUAGCAAAAAAUAAUACUUUGGUGAAUAAAAAAGCAUGCGCAGAUGAA